AUGAUUCAGUACUACCAACACCUGAGUUUACGCACCCUGCAGCGGAGAGGCACGCUGAGACCACUGACCAUUCUGCGAAAACAGCAUAUCCCAUAUAGAUGGGGCUUCCCCUUUGCUCUAACCAUCAUAAAAGACUCCACAAAAAUCAACAUCAAGGAACAGGAGGAUAUACCGGAGGUGUGCAGGGUGUUGGGCUUGGAGACCCCGGUCCUUCCGGAGCAAAAUGCUCCAUUGCUACAGAAGAGUACCACCACAACCUCUACAGCCCAAAUGUCCUGGCAGAAGGUCAACCACAAGAGGCAGAAAACAAAAGAGACCAGAGAAAUGGAAGUAGUUGACACCUUUGCAAACUUUUAUGGUAAACUAUACGAUGGGAAAAAAGUGACUCACAAUGCAAGGACAGUGAACCAGAAUGCAAAAUUCUUUGGAGACUGCUCGGUGGCUUCGCUGACGACGGAACAAAGAAAUGCCCUUAAUGCCCCGAUAUCCUCUAUGGAGAUCCGGGGGGCUAUUAAAAAUUUGAAACAGGCUAUAAAUCAUGUAAAGUGUCUCUCUAGCAUCACGGCCGUGUUUGUUGUCCUGCUAAAGGUGGUGGAAGUGGGUGCGAUUUGCCUGUUUGUUUGGAAACAGCCUUGUGUCUUCACUGGAAACGCAGAACUUAACAGGAGCAAGGAGGUUAAUUCAAAUACUACCCAUCAGAAACUCCAAAAUGUAUUAUGGGACAUGUGUGCAAAAGGCUUCAAGUGUGAUGUUUGUCCACAAGACUGGGUUGCUCUCAAUGGUUCCUGUUAUCACUUUUCAAAAGAGAGGCUAAACUGGACAAACAGUAAAAAAAGUUGUCAAGACAUGAAUGCAGAUAUUGUUUCCAUGGAGGACCAAAUAGAAAAGGAUUUUAUUUCCAGCCAAGUUAAAUCCAGGUCAGGUCACUAUUGGAUUGGUCUAACUAAGAAAGAGAACAAAUGGGUUUGGGAGACCGGAGCGCAAUUAGACUUACAAAGAUCCGAUGUCCAUAAUUGCGCCACACUUGGAAGGGAUAUUUCCCCUGAAAGCUGUUCAAACCCCAACAAAUGGAUAUGUGAGCAACAAGCCUGUGAACUUUACAAUAUGUGUAAUUUACUGAAGACAGUCUCAAUUGCUGAGAUUUUCUCAUGAAGAAAUUCUAAAUAUUUAUCUGCCUCAAUAUCUAAUGAGCGUACAGUGACAGAAGUUUCUAACUAACAAUUCUUGACCUGUAUAGACUCAUGUUUCAUUAUAGAAGGUUGCACUGUGUGAUAAAAUAUGAUAUUUUUGAAGCAAUAGUUUUCAUUUGCACUUUAUGUUAGAGUUAGAAAUAUUUUGUUUAAUUGUCUACACAUUAUACUUUACAAGAUGGUGACACAGAGCUUGGCAUCUGGUGUAAUGGAAUGGCGUGAGAAGGGUGGGCCAGUUGGUAUGUUCGUGGGGGUCUGAGAAUGAGUAAGGGCUAACAGGGAGAGUGGACUAACGGGACAUAAAAGUGAAAAAAGAAAAAGCUCCUAUUUUAUUCAUGAAGUAUCGCAAAGAGUGUAAACACACAAGUCAGCUCUGGAGCAGAAAUACUCUACUAGAUGAACGCAUCUGGUGAACAAAUGGCAAGAGGCAUAUGUGCAUAGCCACCAAUCAGCAGCUAUUGUUCCUUAAUUCUACCUAGGUGUGCUUUUCAACAUAGGAUAUUAAGAGAACAAAGUAAAUAGAAAAGACCAUUGAGGUUGAUGCUCUAUUUACAGGGGUUGAUCACAUAUCUGUAAGUAAACAAUUGUGCAGCAAUAACAUGAUCUAAAAAAUUGAGAAUUUUCAUUUUUCAAUUGUAUGUCUAUAAUGGUGAAUUUGGUAGAAACUCAAUAAAUAAACUUUUCUACAGAA